AUGACGGCCAUUUUCUUUACGGGUUCUUUUAGGUACAUUAUAUUUUGCGGCGUCCUUGAAGGGACGACCUGCGCUGUUGAUCUGGUACGAGCUGUCGUACAGUUUCGUUCUGCUUCUGCUGGUGGGCUCUGCUGUGGGUCGGCAGUCAGGGGGUUGCUGCUUCCUGUCCCCACAGCUGACAGCUGCCGCUACGACGCCCAAACUUACGGCAACUGCCACUACUACCGAGUCCGGAACUACGUACUCUCACCGGUGACCGAGCCUUGCCCCAGAUCUCCAAAUCUCCCCCGUCAGCUCACCGGUCACCCUGCAAAAACCGUAAACAAACAACAAACAACAAGGGGCGCCAUGUCCUCCUCCCUCCAGCGCUCCCGGUCUCUCCGGAAUCCCUCAGCAACGACCAUCGCCAACGACCCGCCAUCGCGGAAGCAGGACGUCGAGCCGCGCCACGGCUCCCCGAGUCGGCUCCCCGUCAAGCCGCUGACUCGAAGCGCCACCGCGGCCUCCUCCACCACCACCACGAGGACGUUGAGGAGCGGCUCUGCGGCGUCAAGUAGCCUCUCUCGUUCGUCGUCCGUACGGCAGUCGUCGAAUUUGAAGCCCACGACUACAAAAGAGCCGCCGAAAAGGGAGACGAGUCGGUAUCCGCCAUCCACCACCACCACCAGAACUCGUCCGGCGGUGAGACCGAACUCCUCCGAUGGGCCGCCCGCACAAUCGAGACGAGCCCUCCCGCAUACCCGUGCUAAGAGCACCGCCAUCGCUCCGACCGCCUCAAUCAGGGCAGCUCCAGUGCUACGACCGCCCUCUGGAGGCUCAACCUCGUCAGCAUCCUCGACCACAACGCGAACUGUCACACGCAAGGUCUCCGGCCACGACAAACCUCCCGCCGCUUCCACACAGGCUCAGCCUCGCCUACGGCCGGCCUUCUCAACCCUUCAGCAACACUACUCCCCGGCCAAGUCUGCCGCCCCGAAACCCCUGACGGCCACCUUUCUCGCACCGCCGUCCCCCUCCAAGCUACCUGCCAACGUCGCUGCCUCCGCCGAGACGAGCAAGCUCCAAACGGAGCUCCUCCAACUACACCUCUUGCACCGAGAUGCAGGAGCAGUCGAUAUAGAGUGGAAGGCGAGCGCGAAACAGAAGCUGGGCGAACGGUUCGCAAAGAUUGCGGCUGAGGGGAGACAAGUGGAUGAACACGAGAAGGCAGAAAUUGAAAAGGAGAAUGUGUUGGCGCUGAGGAGUUGGGCCGUAGGAGGCGGUCUAGAAGACAGGAUCCAGACUCUGGAUGCCGUGAUAAACGGGGCGUGGACGCUGGGAGAGCCUGGUGGACGGUACGCCCGCGUCAUCAGACGAUUUGAGCGCUGGGUUGACCGCAUGUGCGAAAUCGAGGACGCCCGCCGCGGUGAUGGAGCUCUCCUCCAGGAGCAAGACGUCCUCUUCAUCGGCGAACUCGAUGCCGCGUGGAAAGAGGAGUCCACCGGUCUUAUCCGCCGCCUGGACGGAAUGAAACGGCAAUUGCAGGACCUGGGCCAGGUGCCAGACGAAGAAAACCAGGAACAAUCGAGCCUGAAGCACAUGAUGGAGAAUUCACGGACACUAGUCGAGGGCAUGCUUGCAGAGCUGAGCCUCAUGGAGGAGAUUGAACGGGAGGCACUUGCACGAGAGGACGACUGGAUCGAGAGGAUGAACCGUGAUGAUGAUGUCGAUGAUACCCCCAGGGCUGGAGCGAUAUGGCGAGUGGUAUAGAGGACGAUUAAAGGCUUUCCUUGAUUUUGGGACAGUCGCAAAGCGCAGGGCAUAUAUACAUGGAUAGAUUGCAACAUUAAUCACAAAGGCGCCGUGGACGCGGUCACAUUCCAUUCCGUAUGGUGAAAUAGACUGCUUUUGUCACUUUCAGAAAAAGGCCGCUCUAACUAAGACGUUUCGCAGAACGAGCCAAGGGACAGAAGAGGGAAGCCAGACGAGCCGUUCAACUUCUCCGCUUCGAAUCCCUCUAGUCAGGACGAUGGGAUAUUAAAAA